AUGUUGUCGUCCAAAGUGGACGACGUGGCUGCCAUACCCAAUUACAGGCUCGAUUUGCUAUGCCAUUCCACGUGGAACGAGUCCGAGUUCUUGUCGCUGGGUUUGGGCGACCAGCUCACCACUGUGCGCUGGGUGAAACAGAACGUAGGCUUCUUCGGCGGCAACUCGACUCGCCUGGUUCUAGCUGGACACGGCGCAGGGGCCGCGUCCGACGGUCGCUGGAUGCUCGGCACGCAGCCCGAAGUCGCUGACGUGCAGCGCUUCGUCAUCAUUUGCGGGAACCCCUACGCCCGGUACAAAGACGCCGAUGUGAUUACGAAGAACAUGCAUAUUCUCGCCCGCCGUGUCCAAUGCGAGAGCUACGACGAAGUCACUUCCGUCGAGGAGAUUCUCCCGUGCCUCAGAAGGUUUCCGUCCUCGGUGCUUGUGCCGCGGCUGAGCGGGCUGAACGGACGCCUCAUGGAUCCUUCCACAAGCAUGGAUGACACUCCCGCUGCGAACGAGCCGAAUAUUUCCAGACCGCGCGGGUCGCUUCUCUUAGGAACCACUCACGAUGAAGGCUACCACUUCGUGGGCCGGAUGGCGAAGCAGGACGGCGUGUCUCAGGAGUGGAUGCAUCGCUGGCUCGCAUCCCAGAGCGUAGACACUGCCUCCGUUUUUCUAGACAAUUACCAGCGAGAUCUGGGAACAACCAACUCGACGGUUGUGUGGAGCGAGGCUUACGCCGACGUCCGGUACCCCUGCCUCGUUCGCCGCUUCGCCGAGCGAAUGGUGAGCAGCGGCCAGACCGUGCACUGGUUCGUGUUCGAUGCGAAGCCUUCGUUCGAAGAGCCGUACCUGCGGGCUAGUACAUAUUGGUCCCAGUAG